GUUGGCGCAUGUGCAGUGUAGGUCAUGUAGUGGGACAAAGACAGUGUUACUGAGUGUGGGAGAGGAAUGACGCCGGCGGCUUAAGGAACAAGAACAGAAACCGCUGGAAAAGUUGAGCAGCCCUGGCUGCAUGUGUCAAGGGAAUCCGAGGAAACGUUACGUGUCCAGUGAUGCUCUUUCAGAACAGAAACAGGUUUCGGAGACGUCGCCAGGCCUGAGCGCCCGGGGAGAGGGGACAGUGAGCUUUCACAGGAGGAUUUACCUGCAUAUCUUGAACUAAUUGCCUCAGCCAGCUUGACUCAUUGGGACUGGAAUUUUAUCCAUCUUUUGAGUGGAGAAGGAGGAUUGUCCCGCCUGCUUCCAGAGAUCUGACUGGUAAAGCACUGAGAUGCCGCUGUUCGAGGGUGGAGGGAGCUUUACCGGAGCGGAGAGUUAGCCAGCCGGCCACCCGCAGCAGAGUGGGACGUCAGAGGGAGCGUCGAACCUGGAGGGAGCCCGCGCCGUGGGGAAACCGUGGAAGUGUGGGGAAUGCGGGAAGGGGUUUCGAGUCCCCUCUGAGCUGGAGAUCCACCGGCGCGGUCACACCGGGGAGAGGCAGUUCUCCUGCCCCGAGUCCGGGAAGGCCUUCAUUGGGUCCUCCAAGCUGCUGAGGCACCGGCGGGUCCACACCGGGGACAGGCCGUACCCCUGCCCCGAGUGUGGCAAGGCCCUUCACCCAGCUGUCCCACCUGCAGACGCACCGGCGCCUCCACACACCAGGGAGAGGCCUCUCACCUGCCCCGGGGGCGGCAAGGCCUUCAAUCGAUCGCCGACCCUGCGGACGCACAGGCGCCUUCCCAACGUGACCGCACGGAGUUGAAGUCUGCAGCGAAUCCCACCCAGGACUGGGGGGGGAUCGUGCCCGUGGGGGGGAUUGUGCCCCGUUCGAAGACAGUGGGUGAAGCGGGAAGGGAGCGAGGCUUCCUUUCUACCGGACUGGCCGCUCUCGCUCCCUUUGCUUCCCGUGGGACCGAUGCUGUUUGAGGCUGGGACUGCACGUUCCCCGGGCCAAAGAUCUGCAGGAGCUGAGGAAGUGCACUCCUUUCACACCGGAUGGAUAUGAGAAGAGCAGCUUUGCAGGUAGAGCUCCCCAACUGAGUACCAUGUGAAGGUCUGACAGAGCCCCUUGAUUCGUGGGAUAGGAGAGACGUCCCUCUUUCAGUCCAGAAGGGGAAAAUUCUUUGAACGUUUUUGUCUGCUUCAGUAGGCUCUUAAAGUAUCAUCUUUACCUGAACCACAGGGGCACGUGCCUGAGCCAGUUUGCCCACUGUGGGGAAAGGAAGUCUCAGGAGGCAUUCUGCGCGCCAUGGAGAAACCGUGGAAGUGUGGGGAUUGCGGGAAAGGAUUCCACUAUCCCUCCAUGCUGGAGAUCCACCACCGUGUCCACACCGGGGAGCGGCCCUUCACCUGCUCCGUCUGCGGCAAGGGCUUCACCCAGUCGCCCCACCUGCUGACCCACCCGCGGGUCCACACCGGGGAGCGGCCGUUCGCUUGCUCCGAGUGCGGGAAGGACUUCAGCGAAUCGUCCAGCCUGCUCAAGCACCAGCGGGUCCACACCGGGGAGCGGCCCUUCACCUGCUCGGUGUGCGGCAAGGGCUUCCCUCACUCGUCCACCCUGCUCAAGCACCGGCAGGUCCACACCGGGGAGCGGCCCUUCACCUGCACCGUCUGCGGCAAGGGCUUCCCUCACUCGUCCAGCCUGCUCAAGCACCAGCAGGUCCACACCGGGGAGCGGCCCUUCACCUGCACCGUCUGCGGCAAGGGCUUCACCCGCUCAUCGCACCUGCUGACCCACCAGCGGGUCCACACCGGGGAGAGGCCGUUCAGCUGCUCCGUCUGUGGCAAGAGCUUCUCUCACUCGUCCAGCCUGCUGCGGCACCAGCAGGUCCGCACCGCGGAGCGGUCCUUCACCUGCUCCGUCUGUGGCAAGAGCUUCUCUCACUCGUCCAGCCUGCUGCGGCACCAGCAGGUCCACACCGCGGAGCGUCCUUUACCUGCUCCGUCUGUGGCAAGAGCUUCUCUCACUCAUCCACCCUGCUGCGGCACCAGCAGGUGCAUACCGGCGAGGGCGCCUUCACCUGCUCCGUCUGUGGCAAGGGCUUCCCCCACUCGUCCGGCCUCCAGAUCCACCAGCGGGUCCACACGGGGGAACAUCCUUCCGAUAGACCAGAAGUGCACAUAAUACAGAGGAACUUCGAUUAUCCAGAAUUAGAUGAACCAGCACGGUGGCUCAGUGGUUAGUGCUGCUACCUCACAGUACCAGGGACCCGGGUUUCAUUCCUCCUCAGGCGACAGACUGUGUGGAGUUUGCACAUUCUCCCCGCGUCUGCGUGGGUUUCCUCCUAGUGCUCCGGUUCCGUCCCACAGUCCAAAGAUGUGCAGGUCAGGGUGAAUUGGCCAUGCUAAAUUGCCUGUAGUGUUAGUUACAUUAGUCAGAGGGAAAUGGGUCUGGGUGGGUUACUCUUCGGAGGGUCAGUGUGGACUGGUUGGGCCUGUUUCCACACUGGAAGGGAUCUAAUCGUCAAGCGACUGAAAUACACCCUGCAUGUGUCCUUUGGAUAAUCGAGGUUCCUGUGUAUUCCAAAAGUGGCCUAACCAACGUCCUGUCCAGACCCCAACCCCUAUACUCAGUGCUGUGACCAAUAAAGUGAUCUGCAGAAUCUGCGGGACUUGCUUAAUCCUGGAAGGUAAAUCACGUGUUUCUCCUUCUGUUGCAGGUGGAUCCAAGAUUUCACUCUCUGUCCCAUUGAGUCUCCAGUCAGGUCCUUCAGCUCAACUGGUCUCUCUCAGUAUUUCUGACCCAUGUGAGCCUCUACGCACCUCCCCUUCACUUGCUCACACUUGAUUUCCCUUACAGCAGCAUUCCCUUCAGUUCCUUUCUCCCUGACGUCUGUAACCAGCUUCUCCUUAAAUGCCGUCCACCUCGACCUGCUACUGUGGGGGUCACUCCCGCUGCAGACAGAGGUCUCUCCUUUGUAACCUCUUCAAAAGAUUUACCGCUGACUUCCCCCUUCAGUCUUUUCCAUUUCUGGGUCUCCCCGCUGUUGCGAAACUUGGAAGGGUUCAGAAAAGAUUGACAAGGAUGUUGCCAGGGUUGGAGGAUCUGAGCUACAGGGAGAGGCUGAACAGGCUGGGGCUGUUUCCCCUGGAGCGUCGGAGGCUGAGGGAUGACCUUAUAGAGGUUUACAAAAUUAUGAGGGGCAUGGAUAGGAUAAAUAGGCAAAGUCUUUUCCCUGGGGUUGGGGAAUCCAGAACUAGAGGGCAUAGGUUUAGGGUGAGAGGGGAAGAUAUAAAAGAGACCUACAGGGCAACUUUUUCAUACAGAAGGUGGUGUGUGUACGGAAUGAGCUGCCAGAGGAUGUGGUGGAGGCUGGUACAAUUGCAACAUUUAAGAGGCAUUUGGAUGGGUAUAUGAAUAGGAAGGGUUUGGAGGGAUAUGGGCCGGGUGCUGGCAGGUGGGACUAGUUUGGGUUGGGAUAUUUGGUCGGUAUGGACGGGUUAGACCGAAGGGUCUGUAUCCAUGCUGUACGUCUCUUGACAAAGCCUUGUCUGAGGGUGAAAUGUUGUCAUUCCCGUUGACGCGGGUGGUCCCCUGUCUGUCGUCCUUUUUGUUUCCUUUCUCGGAAAGGACGUCGCGGACAUGGACAGCGUUCCCGAGCCCCGCUCCGGAACGGGCUGUUCCGUCCUCUUCCAGGCCCCGGGGUGGGGGGAAGGGGCAGCUUGAGUGCAGUGGGAGAGUGGGCCGUUCACCGGGAGGGUGCCAAUGGGACGGGAGAGCGGUACCGGUAAUGGGGUGAGGGGGAGAUGCCUCAGACCGCCAGAAACACUGGGGCAGCUGCUCGCGUGCUCCUUUUGGAUCUCACAGCACAGGGAGGCCAUUCAUCUGAUUACCUCUCUGCCUCUGCGUCUGUCUGUCUCUCUGAGGUGACAGCGGAUUCCAGCAUAUUGCUGCUUGCUGGGUAAACCUGUUUUUCCUCUGUUUUCCCCCUCUCUCCUGCUCAAACCCCUGAACUUCAGGCCGCCCCUGACCUUGUCACUAUCAGUGAAUAGGGAACAGCUUUUCUUCCUCCACCUUAUCUGAACCUAUCACAAUCUUCCCCACUUUCACCAGUUGUAUCUGUGUGUGACCCUCUCUUUCUGUGUCUCUUUCUCUCCUAAGCCCCCUCCCUCACCACAUCCCAUUUACCCACCCCCUCCUGUCAUGCUCCCACUUUCAAACGGUCUCGUUGUGUUUUCACUGCCUCUUCCCCAUCGUUUCCGUCAAGCACCUCAUCUCACGCUUAGAACCCAUGCAGUGUAGGAGCAGGCCCUUCAGCCCAUCCAACCCUCCCUCACCCAGACCUCUGCCUGUAACCCUGCAAUUCCCAUUGGCUAACCCACCUAGCCUACACAUCCCUGGGCACUAUGGGUAAUUUAGCACGGCCAGUCCACCCAAACCUGCACAUCCCUGGAUACUAUAGGACAAUUUAGCCUGGCCAAUCCUACACUAAGGGUGGAUUGGCCAUGCUAAAUUACCCAUAGUACCCAGGGAUGUGUAGGUUAGGGUCGAUUGGCCAUGCUAAAUUACCCAAUCCUACACAUCCCUGGGUACUGUUAGGAUAAAAUAAGUCAAGGGAGGGUGGAGCUAUAGCUGCUGUUUGGGGAAUCGAAACUGUUGCUUACGUGGCCAGCUCAGCUGCCAACGCCCAAAUGAGCUCAAUAACAGGAAACGCCUCGCAAACGCGAAAUGUCCUAAUAAGACAAUGCUUAGUAGCUCCGCGAAGCUCUGCUUAGCAAAGAGUAUAUCAGGAGCAGAUUUGGGAGGGGAAGGCAGAACGUGCCUUCUCCAGUGAAUGCAUGGUGAUUCACUGUAUCAACUACGAUUCUGCAAUAAAGCCUGCUUGUGCCAAACAA